UAUUUAACUAAAGAACACAUUCUAAAACACUGCUGGGAAAAUACCUAAAAACAAAAACCAAGAUUUGUCCAUUCUAGAGCCUUGUGGAUCAAGGCUUUCCGCAUCACAUGGCCAGCUAACCAGGAGCAGAUUGAAAGAACAGAAAGUAGGAAGGGACUUUCAUCUAAGAAGCUCCCCACAUAAAAUACUAUAAGGUCCAGAUGGCAGAACCUUAAAUAUGUGUGCGUGGUGGUGUUUGUACAGGAUGAACCCUGACUUUGAAGGUUUAAGAAGAAAGAUUCGAAACCAAAGCAAAGCCUCCGGGUCUGGGCUCUGUGAGGGAGAUGAAGUGGUUUCUAUCAAUGGCAACCCCUGUGCAGACCUCACAUACCCUGAAGUCAUCAAGCUCAUGGAAAGCAUAACAGACUCUCUCCAAAUGCUCGUCAAAAGACCAUCCGGUGGAAUGAGUGAGGCUUUGAUCUCUGAAACUGAAAACAAGAACCUCGAGCAUCUCACCCAUGAGGGGUAUGUGGAAAGUACCACCCUGCAGAUUCAACCAGCCACAAAGACCCAGUACAGAGAGUUGGUCAUCACCCCAGUUAAGAGUGCAGUUCCCUUAGCUGAGGACCAAGGAAGUGGUCCUGGUUGUACAGAGAACUUAAAAGCAGAAACAAGCCUGUGCUUCCAAAGGGCUUCCCAAACGCCUGACUCCCAACCAGGACUCUUGGCAGAAGAAGUUAUCUUAAGGGAGAAGGCAGAAGCGGGGCGGCCAUCGCAAGUGAUCGAACUACAACUGUCUCUUUCACAGGAGAGAGACAAGGACACUAGCGGCCCCACAGUAACUCUCUUGGGAGCUGAAAAAUCUAAGUCUCCUGACCCAGAGCCUAAUUUACAACAAGACAGAAUUGUCCACAUAAAUUCGGUCCCUCCUCAUGAGAAAGCAGACCCUUCUGUGAGGUCCAGUAAGAUAAUCCAGAUCUCCAGCGGCAGAGAGUUGAGAGUGAUCCAAGGCAGUGAAUCAGGAGCCGCGAGGUUGCCCCGGGUGGAAGUGCUCCUGGACUGCUCUGACAGGCAGAAGACAGAAGGGUGCAGGCUUCAGGCAGGAAAGGGGUGUGUGGACUCUCCAGUGGAAGGAGGGCAGUCAGAAGCACCUCCUUCUCUGGUAUCCUUUGCCGUCUCAUCAGAAGGCACAGAGCAGGGAGAAGAUCCACACUCAGAAAAGGAUCACAGCAGACCUCACAAGCACCGAGCGCGGCACGCACGGCUCAGGAGGAGCGAAAGCUUGUCAGAAAAGCAAGUGAAGGAAGCCAAGUCUAAAUGCAAGAGCAUCGCCCUUCUCCUGACAGACGCCCCCAACCCCAACUCCAAGGGGGUGUUGAUGUUUAAGAAGCGCCGGCGGAGGGCCCGCAAGUACACCCUGGUCAGCUACGGCACCGGCGAGCUCGAGCGCGAGGCCGAGGACCAGGAGGAAGGGGACGGCGAGGACCCCUGCGAGGGAGCGUUUCUGGGCACCAGCGAGUCGGAGGUGGACGAAGAGCUCUUGUCCGACGCCGGCGACAGCACCCAAGUUGUGAACUUCGACUGGGAUUCCGGACUGGUGGACAUUGAAAAGAAACUGAACCGAGGGGACAAGAUGGAGAUGUUACCGGACACCACCGGCAAGGGAGCCCUCAUGUUUGCCAAGAGGAGGGAGAGGAUGGAUCAGAUCACGGCCCAGAAGGAAGAGGACCGGCUGGGUGCCGUGCCCAGCCGAGAGCCGGACGCCGCCCAGAUGGACGGCCUGAGAACCACGACUUCCUACCAGAGGAAGGAGGAGGAAUCGGUGCGCACGCAGAGCUGCGUGAGCAGGAGCUACAUCGAGGUGAGCCGCGGGCCUGGCCACGUGCCCCAGCAGAACGGCUUCAGUGGGGCGCCCGAGGUGGCCACCGUGCAGAGGAUGCCCCCGACCAACAGGACGGCCAGACCCUUCCCGGGGUCCGUGCACCAGCCAGCGGCCCCCUUCUCCCCAGCCCGCACCCCGGCGAGCCCGGUGGCCGACUUCCCUGCGCCCCCGCCGUACUCUGCGGUCACCCCUCCACCCGAAGGCUUCUCCCGAGGGCUGUCAAGCCCCGUCGCUGGGCCGGCACAGCCCCCUCCAUGGCCCCAGCCCGCCCCCUGGUCCCAGCCAGCCUUCUACGACUCGUCUGAGCGAAUAGCUUCCCGGGAUGAGAGGAUCUCGGUGCCUGCAAAAAGAACAGGGAUACUGCAGGAGGCCAAACGGAGAAGCACCACGAAACCCAUGUUUACUUUUAAAGAGCCCAAAGUGAGCCCGAACCCUGAACUCUUGUCACUCCUUCAAAAUUCAGAGGGCAAACGGGGCACUGGGGCUGGAGGUGAUUCCGGACCGGAAGAGGACUACCUCAGCCUGGGAGCCGAGGCUUGCAAUUUCAUGCAAAGCUCCUCUGCUAAACAAAAGACCCCUCCUCCUGUUGCUCCAAAACCAGCGGUCAAGUCCUCAUCCUCCCAGCCAGUAACUCCAGUUUCCCCAGUCUGGUCUCCAGGAGUGGCUCCAAGCCAGCCUCCUACUUUCCCGGUGUCAAACCCAUCGCAGGGCACUGUCGUCUCCUCCAUCAAAAUAGCCCAGCCUUCCUACGCUCCUGCCCGGCCCGCCAGUGCUUUGAACCUGUCCGGUCCCUUCAAAGGACCACAAGCAGCAGUAGCCAGUCCGAAUUACACACCUAAGCCAACAGCUCCUACCCUGACAGUCAACCCUGCUCAUGCUGGUGCAGUGGGACCAUCCAAUGAGCUUCCAGGAAUGAGUGGGAAAGGAGCCCAGCUCUUCGCCAAAAGGCAGUCGAGAAUGGAGAAGUACGUGGUGGAUUCGGACACAGUGCAGGCCCACGCUGCUCGAGCCCAGUCUCCCACUCCGUCUCUACCCGCCAGUUGGAAGUACUCCUCCAAUGUCAGAGCACCUCCCCCUGUGGCCUACAAUCCCAUCUACUCCCCUUCCUACCCACCAGCUGCUCUCAAGUCUCAUUCACCAGCCGCACAGGCCUCCAAACUGGGCAAGAAAAAGGGCAAGAAACCCCUCAAUGCUCUGGAUGUCAUGAAGCACCAACCCUAUCAGCUCAAUGCAUCCUUGUUUACUUUCCAACCUCCAGAUGCAAAGGAUGGCCUCCCCCAAAAGUCAACAGUCAAGGUCAAUUCAGCCCUGGCCAUGAAGCAAGCUCUUCCUCCACGACCAGUGAACGCUGUCUCUCCUCCAAACGUGCAGGCUUCCUCGGUGUACUCAGUACCAGCCUAUACCUCUCCACCUUCCUUCUUUGCAGAGGCCACCUCACCAGUCAGCGCGUCACCAGUGCCUGCCGGCGUUCCCACCUCUCCGAAGCCGGAAUCAGCCUCCUCAUCUUAUUUUGUGGCACCACGGCCAAAGUUCUCAGCCAAGAAAAGUGGUGUCACUGUUCAGGAGUUUGGGCGCUCCCUCUCUCUCCCCGGAAGAUCAGUCCCACCCACCAUUUCUACAACAUCUCCCUGGGUAUACCAGCCCGCGUACAGUGACUCCAGCAAACCGACUGACCGACUAGAGAGAGCAAGCAAGAGACCCACGCCUUGGGAAGCGGCGGCCAAGUCCCCUCUGGGUCUAGUGGACGACGCCUUCAGACCCAGAAACAUCCAGGAAUCCAUUGUGGCAAACGUGGUCUCGGCAGCUCGAAGGAAGGUGCUCCCAGGGCCCCCAGAGGACUGGGAUGAGACACUGUCCUACGUUCCCCAAUCCCAGAAGGCCAACAGGAGCGCGUGCGGAAGGCAAGAGUAUGAUAACCCGUCUGCUAACCCGCAGUACGGGGCACAGCUAUCUGCUAACCCGCAGUACGGUGCACAGCUGCCCUGCGUGUAUUACAGGCAGGGCCCCAGAAAUGACUCUGAAGGGCUGGCCCUGGAGACCAGGUCUGAUUACUCUGUGCCAGGAGCUGCUUACAACUACAACCUGCACCCACGUGGAUGGAGACGCCAAACAUGAAUGUCCCAACCAACCCCGGGCCAGCUAUUUUUUUUUUUUUAUGUUCCUUUGUAGGGCUUUUUACCUUUUUAGUAGAUUUAAGUUCACGUUUGUUUGUGGCUUGUUCUCACAAUCAUAUUUCUGAGUCUCUGUGUGUGAGUGUACAUGCACAUGUGAGUGUGAAUCACUUCCUUGUCGCCUAGUGUACAGAGACUGUCUCUGAAGAAAAGAAUUACUCCCGGCCUUGAUGUGCUGGCACUUACAUGUAAUUCACAAUCUUAGUUCCUUUAAUAUGAGGGUAGUCUAUGCCACUAAAUUCUACGCAGUUAAAAUGAAACUAAAUAUUUGUUCCACGUGCCUAGAACCAGGAAGGGACUAGGAUACGGUGUGCUAAUUAUCAUUCUCUGUACUAGCAAGACAUAUACCUAAUGUUAGAGAAAUUGUCAGAGGGAGCAGGGCAGUGAGUAAUAAUUAUUCAAAAAGUUUUCUUCCGUGUUAUUUUAGGCAUCU